GCGGCUCCUCCCCGCCGACCCGGGGCCGCUUUCGGAGCGGAGUCGGCGGGAGAGCGGCGCCCGGCGGGGACAAAGCGGAGGAGGUUGGGCUGAGUCGGGAGCUUCCGCAACAGGUCCCGGCCCGGCACGCUGCCGCUGCGGGCGGCGGGGCCGCUACUGACCGUCCCCAUGCGGUUCGGCUCCAAGAUGAUGCCGAUGUUUCUGACAGUGUACCUCAGUAACAAUGAACAGCACUUCACCGAGGUGCCGGUCACCCCUGAGACAACAUGCAGAGAUGUGGUGGAGCUGUGCAAGGAGCCUGGUGAGAGUGAGUGCCACCUGGCUGAAGUGUGGUGUGGCUCAGAACGUCCUAUAGCUGAUAAUGAACGGAUGCUGGAUAUUUUGCAGCGCUUUGGGAUGCAGAGAGGUGAAGUUCGUUUCUUUCUUAGACAUGAACGCUCUCCCUGCCGGGAAUCAGGGACUGGACCAAGGUCUCAAGAUCCAGUCUUAAAAAGAAAUGGUGUGAAAAUGCCCGGUGAUCGAAGAAUGGAGAAUGGAGUCAGUGCUCCAAGGAUGGAUAUGACACUGGCUGAACUUCAGGAAAUGGCAUCACGUCAGCAGCAACAAAUUGAGGCUCAACAGCAAAUGCUGGCUAACAAGGAACAGCGCCUGAAAUUCCUGAAGCAGCAAGAUCAGCGACAGCAGCAGCAGGCUGCUGAACAGGAAAAACUGAAGCGAUUAAAGGAAAUUGCUGAGAAUCAGGAAGCCAAACUUAAGAAAGUAAGAGCUUUGAAAGGCCAUGUGGAGCAAAAGAGACUCAGCAAUGGGAAGUUAGUGGAGGAGAUUGAACAGAUGAACAGCCUGUUCCAGCAAAAGCAGCGUGAGCUGGUGCUGGCGGUCUCAAAGGUAGAAGAACUCACCAGGCAGCUGGAGAUGCUGAAGAACGGCCGGAUUGAUGGCUACCACGACAACCAGUCAGCCGUAGCUGAGCUUGAUCGCCUGUACAAGGAGCUGCAGCUGAGGAACAAACUGAACCAGGAGCAGAAUGCCAAACUGCAGCAACAGAGGGAGUGUUUGAACAAGCGCAACUCGGAGGUGGCAGUCAUGGACAAGCGUGUUAAUGAGCUGAGGGAGCGCCUGUGGAAGAAAAAGGCAGCUCUGCAACAGAAAGAGAAUGUACCAGUUUCUUCUGAUGGGAAUUUACCACAGGCAGUGGGUUCUGCUCCAAGCCGAGUGGCAGCAGUAGGUCCUUAUAUCCAGUCCUCUACUAUGCCACGUAUUGCUUCCAGACCUGAACUGUUGGUGAAGCCAGCAUUUUCAGAUGGGACCCAAGCUUUGCAGGCAUCUGAUGGUCCACUGAAAACACAAACUUUGCCAAACAUGCGAGCUGGGAGCAGUUCACAAGCUAAAGUUCCUGCAGGUUCUGUGGUCCCCAGUUCAAAACCUUCCCCGUCUGCUGAGUGGAGUAGCUUAAAUACAGACAACCAUUUAAGUCAAGGAUCUGCUUUGACUUCAGGAAAGGGAACCAUGGCUGGUGAAGGUCAAGCGGAAGGAGACGCUUAUUUACGAGACAAAGAGAAGAAAGUACGUCCGUUCUCAAUGUUUGAUUCUGUGGAUCAGUCUGCUGGGCUGGGCAUGCUAAGGAAGAACCAGAGCAGUGAAGAUCUUCUGCGAGAAGCUCAGACAGCCAAUAAAAAUGUAACAAAGGUACCACCUCCUGUCCCCACAAAACCAAAACAGAUUAACUUGCCUUAUUUUGGUCAAGCCAAUCACCAGCAACUUUCUGACCCGAAGCUGGAUGGAAACCUACAGAAGCUGCCUUUGGCUGUCGCAUCUAUGGGGAGCAAACAAAAACCAGUGGCACAGCAGCCCUCCCAUUCUCAGCAGAUACAACGGAUUUCUGUACCCCCUGUAGGUCCUUCCUCUAGCCAGGACCAGAUUCUUCCAUCCUCCAAACAAGAGAGUCCUCCAGCAGCUGCUGUAAGACCUUUUACCCCUCAGCCAUCCAAAGAGACCUCACUGCCUCCGUUUCGAAAGCCUCAAACUGUGGCUGCAAGUUCAAUUUAUAGUAUGUACACACAACAGCAGACUCCUGGGAAGAACUUCCAGCAAGCAGUGCAGAGUGCUUUGACAAGGGCACAGACCAGAGCACCACACUUCCCUAGUGUGUAUGGCAAGCCUGUGAUGGCAGGAGCAGGUGUACAGAAUCAGCUGCCGCAGACAGAGAACAUCUACUCAAACCUGCAAGGCAAGCCAGGCAGUCCAGAGCCUGAGAUGGAAACAACAGCCUCUGCUCAUGAGAGUCAUGAAACAGAGAGAAUUCCCCGUCCCCUCAGUCCAACCAAGUUGCUGCCUUUUCUGUCUAAUCCGUACCGCAACCAGAGUGAUGCUGAUCUGGAAGCGCUACGGAAGAAGCUGUCCAACGCGCCCAGACCAUUGAAGAAACGUAGCUCCAUUACUGAGCCAGAAGGACCUAACGGCCCCAAUAUUCAAAAGCUUCUGUAUCAGAGGACGACUCUGGCUGCUAUGGAGACUAUCUCAGCUCCAUCGCAUCCCUCCAAACAGACAGCAUCAGCUGUCAGUCCUGAAAGCCCAGUGGAAAUCCCAAAUCCUUAUGCAAGUGCAGAAUCAGAGAAAGAGACUGUUUCUUCUAUGCCUGAACCAACCAUUGCUGAGGAAGCAGAAAACAUACCAGCAGAUCAGAGCGAAGCUGUUCUUCCCUCCACUGUUUUAGACCCGGUACCUGAAGGGGUAUCAGAUAGUGAUGAAUCCAUGCAGCCAAAAAUGGAAGAACCAAGCCAUGAGGCUCCACUACCACUGGAAGUAUACAUGGAGGAGUAUCCUCCAUAUCCACCACCUCCAUAUCCAUCAGGGGAGCCAGAAAGUUUGGGAGAGGACUCAUUCAACAUGCGCCCUCCUGAAGUUACAGGGCAGUUCUCCUUGCCUCCUGGGAAGAGGACAAACUUGCGUAAGGCUGGCUCUGACAGAAUUGCUCAUGGAAUGAGAGUGAAGUUCAACCCCCUUGCAUUGCUGCUGGAUUCAUCGUUGGAGGGGGAGUUUGACCUCGUGCAGAGGAUCAUUUAUGAGGUUGAAGAUCCAAGCAUGCCCAAUGAUGAAGGGAUUACUGCACUGCACAACGCUGUGUGUGCUGGGCACACAGAAAUUGUGAAGUUCCUGCUUGAGUUUGGAGUAAACGUGAAUGCUGCAGACAGUGAUGGAUGGACCCCAUUGCACUGUGCAGCAUCUUGCAAUAAUGUGCAGGUGUGCAAGUUCCUGGUGGAGUCUGGCGCGGCUGUAUUUGCUACGACCUACAGUGACAUGCAGACAGCUGCAGACAAGUGUGAGGAAAUGGAAGACGGCUACACACAGUGUUCCCAGUUCCUAUACGGAGUCCAGGAGAAAAUGGGAAUAAUGAACAAAGGAGUGAUUUAUGGACUGUGGGAUUAUGAGGCUCAGAAUGAUGAUGAGCUCUCAAUGAAAGAAGGAGACUGCAUGACAAUCCUGCGCCGGGAGGAUGAAGAUGAGAUUGAGUGGUGGUGGGCACGGCUGAAUGACAAGGAAGGCUACGUUCCCCGCAAUCUGCUUGGGCUGUACCCGAGGAUUAAGCCCAGACAAAGAAGCUUGGCAUGAAGUAGAAGGGAUGGCAGAUUCUUGAAGUACUCGCUAAUCGUGGAUGACUUACAAAGAAAAAAUUCAUUCUGUGUUGGUUCCAGUAUCAUGAGACUUAUUUCAAUGACAAUGUAAUUUGAAAUGAUGAAGAAUGUGCUUUGAAAACAAAUGAAGGAUUGAUACAUUAGCAAAUGGACUAGGGCAUUCUACAAGCUGAAAUAAUGCUUGCGAGCAAACAGAAUUAUUCUGCCUGUGGUCUAAGCAAGCCUAGUGUUGAGGUACCAAGUGAUGUCUCCAAAUAUGGCAGAAAAGACUUAACACUUUUCUGUGCUAAGUGCAAGAACCUUUUCAGUUUACCAUUGAAGGAAUCAUGGUGAGGCAGACAACCAGCUUUGUCUAAAUCUGUCCUGAGGCUUUUUCCAGAUGGGAGAAAUUAGUAAAGUACGUGUGCAGCACCCAAAUGCUUAUCGUUGGAAGCAUAACAUUUGCUGAAGAAGUGGAAAUUGAAGUGCAUCUGAGCAGUGGAAAAUGUGACCAAUCCAGUAAGCAAUAACUUCUAAAAUGCUGUAGCAUCUUAGCAAUUCUAUGUAUUCAAAAUAUUAUGUGCUAUUACAGACUGUAGUUUUAGAUUCCUCUUUUUGCAAAGAGUCUCAUGUAUUUAUUGCCUUUUUUUUUUUUUUUACUUUUAAAACUAAAUGUAGAAACUUUCUGUAGUCCUUGAUAACUUGUUUUUAUUUGACUGUGAUACCAUUAAACUUUUGUCUCCUCUUAA